ACCAGCAGCUUCACCAUCCUCCCACAGCACGACACUGUACCUUUACUACAACACAAUGGGGCUGUAAUGUCAGCGAGGGGCGAGACUUGAGCAUCUUGUGUGCAGCAUUGAAUCUGUGUAUGGAUUUAAUGAUGAUGAAAAAGAAGAAAUUCAAGUUCAAGGUGGAUUUUGAGCUGGACGAGCUCUCGUCGGUCCCCUUUGUCAACGGUGUCCUCUUUUGUAAAGUCAGGCUGCUGGACGGCGGGUUCUCGGAGGAGUCUUCUCGGGAGCCAGUGCAGGCCAACUGUGUUCGAUGGAGGAAACGGUUCUCUUUCCCCUGCAAAAUGAGUGCCAGUGCAGGGACAGGUGUACUGGACCCCUGUGUGUGUCGCGUGUCUGUCAGAAAGGAGCUGAAAGGUGGAAAGGCAUAUGCAAAGCUUGGUUUUGCAGAUCUGAAUUUAGCAGAGUUUGCUGGCUCAGGGAAUACAACCCGCAGAUGUCUGCUGGAAGGCUACGAUACCAAAAAUACUCGCCAGGAUAACUCCAUUCUCAAGGUUAUCAUCAGUACACAGCUCAUGUCAGGAGAUCCCUGUUUUAAAACGCCUCCCUCCACAGCCACAGUGAUCGGGAUCCAGGGUGAUGGAGAGAGCCUGCUGGAGGAGAGGAGAGGAGGGGACUCACAGAAAGGCUGUUCUGAGGGUCGAGAAGGGAAGUGUCCUGUCGUUUCUGAUGAUCUUGGGGGCUGCGGCCACUCCCGAACGUCCAGCUACGCCAGCCAACAGUCCAAACUCUCAGGCUACAGCACAGGUCACUCACGCUCCUCCAGCAUGUCAGAGUUCAGCCACCGGAGAAACCAUUCAGUGGGCAGCGCUUCGACGGGCAUCGGCAGCAUCCCAGAGCCCAGUGAGGACCGGGACAGAGAGUCCAGACCCUGCCCUGCUCUACCUGAACACCCAGUCCCCACUGCCACCACUAGCAACCCAGCGGGUACACCUGUACGCAGCGCCUCAUCCUGUGAACGACUCAACAGACACCCGGUGAAGCAGGACUCCAUGGAGUCUCAGUUAAAGAGAAUGGACGACACGCGGGUGGACGCUGACGAUGUUGUUGAAAAGAUUCUUCAGAGUCAAGACUUUACACCUAGCCUACUGGACUCCAGUACUGAAGAGGAGGGCUUGCGUCUGUUUGUCGGCCCUGGUGGAAGCACGGCCCUUGGAAGCCAUCACCUACCCACCAGGGUUGGUGCUGGAGCGUACGAGCAGGUGGUGAUAAAGCGUUAGACCUGUAGCCUCUCAGAGGUGGACUGACACUGCUUACAUCAAAAAUAACUGGAGGCAAGGCUGCGUCAAUUUUAAUCUGCAUUCCUACAGCACACGUUACCUGAUCAGCAAAGUGUCUGACCUGAUCACUCUGUGAAAGGUUAACAUUACAACAGUGCCCUCCUGUGUUCAUAUCUGCCACAUGACACUGUAGCUCCCUGGUAGGUUUUUAAGAGAGAGAGGUACACUGUCGUUAUCUCAGUGUCAACAUGCAGAUAUGAAGUAAGAGAAAUGACACAUUGACCAGAUUAUUCAAAAUAAUAACAUUUACGUAAAUGAAACCGUCCACUCCAACCAUCAAUCUCUGGGUGUCGAUAAGCCUCAUCUUUCUGAGGUCACCUGAAUCACCAAAUCCAAUUUAAACUGAUAGGAAGAAGAAAAUUAUUAAUCUUACUCUGUAACAGAGGACACCAGGACAGGCUCUUUGUGUGCAUCAUCAGAAUGAACUGAAAUCUACGCUGCGCUGCAAUGCGCUUUCAAUACAUUCCUUUAGUCUCUUAGUGUUUUUGUUAGACUUCCUUUAACUUCCUUCAACUAGGAUGUUCUAUUUAAUAUUUGCCUAUAAGCUGCUAAAAAGCUGUAAGUGUUGGCACUCUGACAACCAUCAGUGUUUUGAAGUUGAGAAUAUUUUACUACAAAGAUGAGGCAUCAGACUCGAGCUAUUUGACAAGUGAGCGCUGACUGUGUGAAUGUGAAUGUGUUUGCCAUGUGGCAAGACCACUUUUAUUAGGCGUAACUGUUAUCCUGUUAUGUUGGAUGAGUGAAAGGAUGUGAGAUGAUCUCUUGUAAGGAGUGCUAUAUUGGUAAGUUUGCAAAGACAAAAUGGGAGAACAUGACAAUUUGCUGACUUAGUUCUUGUUCUUAUUUGUUUGGCUUUCUUCCGGGGGUUGUCCUGCAGUACUAAUCUGCCCUACAAAGGCAAAACCCAGUAACAAGUUUUGUUAAAAAAAAUCUCUUUUUUUUUUAAUGACAUCUGGGUAAUCCAGUUUCCUCAAUUCAGUAUCUUAGCAGAUCUCAGUAACUCCAUCUUUGCUUUUGACUCUAGUGACACUGAUGUGCUUUGGUGUGAUUAAACUAACCUCAAGUCACACAUUUAAAUCUAUUAAAUUGUAAAUUAUUCUACAAAUUUCACUAUAAAUGUCAUAUUAAUAGAUGCACAGACAUAUGUGCAUUCAAAUCCUAUAAUCUACAGACUAUAAAUAAUCAAAAUUAAGUUUAUUUUUGUAAACAAACUAGUUGAAAGGAUAACAAAGCUGAGCAUACACAUUUUGUUGUUACAUUCUGUGCAAAUUCCCCAAAGGUUAUCCAAACACAAUGAUUGCAUAGUUUUCCUUUCUCAAGUUGCUGCUCUCUGCCUUUGUAGGGCAGCAAAUAGUGAACAUAAAAAGGGGCUUCUAUGAUGAAUAUUACUAUAGAAGGGGAUAUAUCUAAUGCCCAGUGUUUCAGCUAUGUAUCUAUUGUAUACUUACGCUUUGCAACGCACCUACAUCUUUGUGAGCCGACCUGUUGUCCAGGAAGCUAACAUCAGUGAACAAAUGAAGGAUCCUGUGACGUACUAACUAAUUAAUGUGUAAGGAUUGUAUAGUGAAGGACUUGUAGUAACCCACUGCCAUGAAGAAAAAUCUCAACAGCACCUGUUUUUAAAAACGCCCAGAGUAAUAGUUUUGUGUAUGUGUAUGUCUCAAGGCAAUUGAAUCGAACGCAACUGGACUUGGUUUUGU